UCCUUUUCCACGUCAGCUAACUUUACGGACUCCGAGGAGCAGAUCGGGUGAAACUAUCAGUAACUAUCGGACUAGUUUGCUGAGGGAAUCACCGCUAGGUGGUCGGAACGCUUCUGUUCACCUCAGCUGCGGGACAGGAGCGAAUAAAUGCCGUUCCUGAGCCUCGGGAGAAGCCGCUUACCUGUGGAGCAAAUGUCUGAAGACCAACGGUCUCCGCUAGCCGUCGACUAGCAUCGGCUAGCUAGCUGUGCGGCUGGAGCUUUAACGGUAAUUAGCUGGAAGCGGGGCUACGUAGGUUCCCGGGCGGCUAGUUAGUCUCAGACAGUCCGCUGGUUCUCCCAGAUAAAACCUCUUUACAGGACAGGUGUCAGGAGUUACCUUAAGGAAUAUCACCAGAUGGAAACCUAACAUUUACACCCAGUGGAUGAUGCCUUUCUGAAAUUAUGGGGUGCUUUUCUUCAGACCUGGACUUCUGCUGCAGAUAUUUCUUCUCCUUACAUGUGGAUUUAUUUUAAACAUCUGAAUGUGUUUUUUUCUUUUUUAAUUGUUCUGGUUCCUGUUAAACAUUCACUAUGCGUCCAUGUGGGUUGGAUAUGCUCACAUUCAUAUAAGGUUUAUUGUGAAUCUGUGAGAGGGAACCCAGAGAAGGAGGUCCAGGACGGGAUAGACCUCCAGAGGAACAUGGCCUCGGUGUGGAAGAGACUGCAGCGUGUGGGGAAGCAUGCCUCCAAAUUCCAGUUCGUGGCAUCCUACCAGGAGCUGAUGGUGGAGUGCACCAAGAAAUGGCAACCAGACAAACUGGUGGUGGUUUGGACUCGCAGAAGUCGGAGGAAAUCCUCUAAGUCCCACAGCUGGCAGCCUGGCAUCAAAAACCCGUACAGAGGAGUGGUGGUGUGGCCCGUUCCAGAGAACAUAGAGAUCACCGUCACCCUGUUUAAGGACCCCCAUGCAGAGGAGUUUGAGGACAAAGAGUGGACGUUUGUCAUUGAGAAUGAGUCUCCAUCAGGUCGGAGGAAGGCCUUGGCCACCAGCAGCAUCAACAUGAAGCAGUAUGCCAGCCCCAUGCCCACACAGACCGACGUCAAGCUCAAGUUUAAGCCGCUGUCCAAGAAGGUGGUGUCGGCCACGCUGCAGUUCUCGCUCUCCUGCAUCUUCCUCCGUGAGGGAAAGGCCACGGAUGAGGACAUGCAGAGCCUGGCCAGUCUGAUGAGCAUGAAGCAGGCCGACAUCGGAAACCUGGACGACUUUGAGGAGGAGAACGAGGAGGACGAGGAGAACCGGGUCAACCAGGAGGAGAAGGCUGCUAAGAUCACAGAGAUAGUAAACCAGCUGAAUGCCCUCAGCUGCUUACAUGGGGAUGAUGAUGAUGAUGAUGAAGGUGUUUCCAAGCGAGCUCGUAAAGCAUCAGCUAAGCCUGCUGCUUCCUCCCAAGAACUGAUCAACAAGCUGAACUUCCUGGAAGACGAGGAUCAGGAAACACUUCGCAUGAGCAACAAUCCCUUUGAUGACCCCGAAGACGACCUUCAUCCAAACCACCUCAACCCAUUCGGUGAUCCAGAUGAAGACGAACCUCCAGUCCAGCCGGCCUUAAUGCAGCAGGUUGAUGAUGAUUCCUUCUAUGACCACGACUCCUCCAACCCAUUCAAUGAGCCGGACCAACCGGAGACCGACGCUCCUCCAGGGAACCCGUUUGAUGAACCGGAGCAGGACUCCCCGCCGGACCCAGAACCUCCCAAGCCCAGACAGAGGAAAGGAGUUCGACCCGUUGACAUGAGCAAAUACCUGUACGCCGACACGUCUCACACCGAGGAGGAGGAGCUGGACGAAUCCAAUCCGUUCUAUGAGCCCAGAGCUUCCGGUCCUGGACCUGCUGGUGGAUCUUCUGUAGAUGUGGGCAGCAGCCAGAAGAGGAGAGCUCCUCCACCUCCAGGCCCCAGCCCCAGCCCUCCACCCCACAGGCCCAGCUCCGGUCCAGACAGGGAGAAGGUCCAGCCGAUGGGGUCCGGUCCGGUGGCAGCAGUGAUGGUCAGAGAGCUGGCCUCCUCUUCCCCCAAGCCCAGCCCCGUGCCCAGCCCUGUUCUGGGAGGGAAGCCCAACGCCAGCCAGUCCCUGCUGGCCUGGUGCCGCGAGGUCACCAAGAACUACCGCGGCGUGAAGAUCACCAACUUCACCACGUCCUGGAGGAACGGGCUGGCCUUCUGCGCCCUGCUGCACCACUUCAGACCCGACAUAAUAGACUACAAGUCGCUCAAUCCUCAGGAUAUUAAAGAAAACAACAAAAAGGCCUAUGAUGGUUUUGCCAGUCUGGGCAUCUCUCGCCUCCUGGAGCCCUCCGACAUGGUGCUGCUGGCCAUCCCUGACAAACUGACGGUGAUGACCUACCUGUACCAGAUCCGGGCCCACUUCUCCGGCGAGGAGCUCAACGUGGUGCAGAUCGAGGCCAACAGCAGCCGUAGCACCUACAAGGUGGGCGACUUUGAAACCGACACCAACGCCUCCAUCGGCCAGGACAAGUUCUACGCUGAGCUGAACGACGUGCAGCAGCGCCAGGCUAACGCUCAGCCCUCUGCGUCCGAAUCUAACGGCGCCGAAGCAGCCGAUGGGGAGGCGACGGAGUCCAGCUGGACGGCCGAAGUAGGAGCAGUUUCAUCUGGUCUGCCGGCAGCAGGACAUUCUCCAUCACCUCCUGUCCCCUCUCCACGCUCAGUAUUAGCUUCCUCAGCAACAAACUCCACCCACAUGGCUCCACCGGGCCCUGAGGACCGGGGGCCUCUACUCAAAGCCAACACUUUGGACCUCAGCGAGCUACCACAGAGGAUGGAGAAAGAGGAGGUGGGAGAGGACAGAGUGGAGGGAGAACCAGCAUCUCCCAACAGGAGAGGAGCCUCCUCGUCUUCUUCACCUCCUCACCAGAAACUGGGCUUCUCCUACAACAGAGACGCUGAUCUGAUCAAGAAGAAGAGGGCGAGCCUCCGUCACUCCGAGUCUGAACCCUCCUCAGAAACCAGCUCUGCUCCGGUCAACAACACAGAGAUCCCCAUCAAACAGGAACCCAUACCUGCUCCUGUGUCCAGUCCUCCAGCUGAGAAGAAGGUUCUUUCCCGUCAGGAGGAGCUGAAGGAGAGAGCCAGACUCCUCCUGGAACAAGCCCGCAGAGAUGCCGCCAUGAAGGCCGGAAACAAGAACGUUCCCAACGCUUCAUCCACCGCUCCGAACAGAUCUGCAGGCGUCUGCGAUGAGCGGGAUGCAGAGCGGCGGAGGCAGCUCAGAGAACGAGCUCGCCAGCUGAUCGCUGAGGCUCGAUCCGGAGUCAAGAUGUCCGACAUGAGUCUUCUGGACGCAUCGAGCUCCGAGAGAGGAAAAGGCAGCAAAUCUGGUCCUGGAGAUGUUCUGGACAGAGUGAGAAUCCAUCCUGAGGUUGAUGGUGUUGAUGGUGGAAGGGGUGAGGAUGAGGAAGAAGGGAGGGCUGAGGAAGAUCAGUUCCACUUUGAUGAUGAUGAUGAUGAUGAUGCUCCUCCAUCUGCUCUGGUUACUAACCCCCUGGAGGUUCUUCCAACCACCUCCAGCUCCCAGGGACCCGUGGAGCUUACUAACCCCGGCUCUGAGCUAACCUCUCUGGGUCCAAACAGUAAGCAUGUAGACCUGAAGCUGAAGAAACUGGUGGAGGUCAGCCCAAGAGGAGUCACCUCCCCUUCAUCCCCGUCCUCCACCUCCUCCUCUUCCUCACCCACUGCCUCCUCCACCUCCCCACUCAGCCCAGCAGAAGGACUGGAGAAUAACGCUGAGGAGCUGCGAGCAGAACGACUGCGUAGAGCCACAGAGAGGCUGAGGAGUCCCGUCGUCUUCACCAAGGAUUCUGCCGUCAGGAAAACUCAGCUCAAGUCCUUCAGUCAGUACGUGGAGACCAGACCAGAGGUGAAAAGACAGAAGUCCAUCCCUGAAGACCUGAAGAAGGCUGAGGAGGACAGAGGUUCACCCACAGAGAUCGACCUUCGCAGACCGUUUGAAGAGGAGAAGGCGUUCAAAGACACCAGUCAGUAUGUGGUUGGGGAGCUGUCGGCUCUGGAGAGCGAGCAGAGGCACAUCGACGCCCGAGCAGCUCGCGUGGAGAAGAGGCUGCGCUAUCUCAUGGACACAGGCAACAACAAGGAGGAGGAGGAGGCCAUGAUGCAGGAGUGGUUCAUGCUGGUGAACAAGAAGAACGCCCUGAUCAGGAGACAGAACCAGCUCUCUCUGCUGGAGAAAGAACACGAUCUAGAGAGACGCUUCGAGCUGCUGAACCGUGAGCUGAGAGCCAUGCUGGCCAUCGAGGACUGGCAGAAGACCGAAGCCCAGAAGAGACGAGAGCAGCUGCUGCUGGAUGAACUGGUCAUACUGGUGAACAAGAGGGACGCUCUGGUCAGAGACCUGGACGCUCAGGAGAAGCAGGCCGAGGAGGAGGACGAGCACCUGGAGAGGACGCUGGAGCAGAACAAAGGCAAGAUGGCCAAGAAGGAGGAGAAGUGUGUCCUGCAAUGAUUGUCAGAAAGAAACCAACAGAUGUAGCCGAUGAAAGAAAUGUACCACCACCAUUAUUAUUAUUAUUAUUAUUAUCAUUAUUAGACCUUUCUAUCAGCUCCUGGGUGGACUCCAGAUGUUUCGGUGACAUUAAACCUCAGAGACUCGACCUCUGCACCGACUUUCUACUAAAAUUCUGUCUUUCAUUUUCUUUUCCUGACGGAGAACGGUACUGAGUGGAACCGUCAGAGCCUGGAGCAGCCGGUCACAUAGAGAGGUACAGAACAAACCGGCUGCAGCGGCAGGAUCUGACUUUUAUUUCCACUGAAGACGAAGCGUUUGGACUUUAUAAAAGAAAAAAAAGAGUGAGAUCUGUGUCCUGGAGCUUCUUCAUUACUGGACUGUACCUUUGAAUUAUUUCUCUUUUUACUUGUAAAAUAUCUGUACUGGGGAACCGUUCAUAAAUCUCAUAACUUUCUAUCUUUUUGUUUUUUAAUUGUCUUGGCUUGAAAGCAGUUUACCAAAAGAAACCUGUUUAAAAAAUCUAAAACCUCUUGUUGUAAAUUUCAUCUCUGCUCUGAACAACAGCUUCCAAACCUGUUUUAGUUUUUUGUUGCAGUCAGAAACAACAGAUUUAUAUAUUAUUUAUUGCGUUUGGAAGUGAAUCUACAUCACAUUUCAUUCAGGAGCUUUUUUCCCUCAACAGAAAACAGCUUUUUUUUGGUUUCUAUUUAUUGUAUUCAGAAGAAGAGAAAUCUGCUUCCAUCUCAGAGCUCCACAUCUGGUGCAGCUGUUCUUCACGUGUGAACAUUUAUCUGAUUAUUUAUUCCAGUGUCAUAACCCAGUCUUCAGUAAUAAAGUCCUUCUGGUUUCAUACUCCACGGA